AUGACUGGAUUCCUACCUUUACUUCUGCUAUCGCUGACGCCCAGUUGCCUGAGCAUUGGUAAGAAGGUGCCCGUGCAAUUCGGUAGGGUAUGUGGCUUCGGAGAUUUCAAUGGCGAUCGAAACACAGACGUUCUUGUACAACGAGGAACGAAUUUAACAAUCCUACUACAGGAUGACGAAUUGCUGAAUGUGCUUGAGGAAGGUGUUUUUACAAACUCGACUUCGUUCAGUGUUGGUGACGACAUAGUUGAGUGUUCACUUGGAGAUUUCAAUGGUGACACAAAGCUGGAUGUUUUGGUAUGUCUAUUAAUUUUGUUAGAUUUGAGAGAAAUUUUCUCAAAUUUUUACGUAUUUCUCACUCCCAAAAAUGUUGCCAUUGAUGUAGACGGGGACGGAUGGCACGACGUGUUGGGCUUCUUUGAAAACGGAUCCAUGUACUGUGCGACAUUUAGUCCUGAAGGAACCAGACCACACGAUUGCAGUGACCUCUUUGUGGGCUUCGUCAGGUUGGAUCCUUACCCUAAAGUGCCACACCUGUUUUUUCACCCAUUUUUGACAAAUUAUUUUUACUCAACGUGCUCCGCUUUAUUUUAUCUUGUUCAGUUUGUUGGCGCUCCUUUAGCUGCUGAUUUCGAUGCAGAUGGUUUGAUAGAGUUGCUCGUACCAAUUUGCCGUAAAGAAAAUUGUAAACAGGUCCCUCAGUUCACUGAUUAUCUCUUUUACUAUUAUCUAUUGAAAUUCCAUUGGAUUGACCUUACAAAUUUCAACAUUUUAUCGGACGAAGACUCGUUGAUACUGUUCCGUGUUGGAGAUUUUUCUCUCGACGGUUAUCCCGAUCUUGUGGCGACUCUUGUUGAAAAACAAAGCCUUGGUCAGAUCAAGGUUAUUGAUAACGUGCUGUGCACAAAUUGCGACCGUAAUGGUACAAGGAGAUUCGAGAUUAACAAGAGUAUAUUCAUUCAGCCAAAAGAAGUAGCACUCGGGGAAAUAAAAAUGGCUUCCUUUUUUGAUUUGAAGGAGGACGGAAACCUUGAUAUUCUUAUUGAAUAUAAACCUUUUGAAGGAGAAACAAAAUUCAGCUUUAUCCCUUGUGACGACAAGGGCGAUGUCACUUUUCUCAAAGUCACAGUGUUUACGAAUGUAUGUGACAAGCACUGCAAGCCAUCAUCUAAAGAGCUGGGAUCUGGUAUUAGUUGGGGCGGAGCUUGCGCAAGCUUCAGUAUGUCUGAUGGAUGGGGUGGAUCACUGAAGAGUUCAGCAUGUCAAAUUCCUGCUGCUACUCACCGUGCCUUAGCCCCACCUUAUGUUCUUUUCGGUCUUGGUCGAAGUCCCAAUUUUGUGGAUGAGCUUACUAUUGGGGCGCCGCUCUACUCUGACGCACUUAACGCUCGUCAGCACACGUUGAAGCAGAUAGUGCCGAACUCGAGGAUUGUCGUAAUACCUCCUAAAGACGGCUCUCAAUGGCUCACGCGGCUUUACGUCACUCCUUCACAGCUGAUCCUUCAGAGUCUGGCGGUGAUUGCACUUGUAUGCGUUAUGCUGUUAAUGGUUGUUGCAUUCCUGCAUUAUCGUGAAAGGAAAGAAGAUCGCGUCGAACGGCAGCAACAAUCGCAACGUUUCCAUUUUGAUGCCAUGUGA